GUUCAACCAGAGUUCAUAAAGCUGCAUGCCUCCAGACUUUAUUCUAUCUCUCUUUCUCUCUCUCUCUCUCUCUCUCUCUUUUUCUCUCUCUCUCUCUCUCUCUCUCUCUCUCUCUCUUCGCCCUUAAAACUGCUGCUAAAUAAUUCUGUUCUGUUGGAUUAAAUUUAAUUAAGAUACUGAAUAGGCUACGAUGCUUUUUUCUGCUUCUUUAAAUCGCGUUGUGUUUCAGUUCAGGGCAGAAUAAAAGCUGCAGCUGCACAAUGGACUGUAUUAUUUUGUAUUUGAUGGAGAUGGAUGGAUGUUUUAGUAGAUUGUGUUACAUUUCAUUUUUUUCCCUCGAAAAUGUUGCAGACAGGACCAUCCAUUAACUGGAUAAAAGGCUGUUAUUUAUUAAUACGCAUAUGCCUAAUGUAAUAAUAUAAUCUCAGGAAACUAUUUUAUUUAAAAAAAAAUAAGGUAUUUACUUUUGUAUUUCUAUGAAUUUUAUUUUCUAUUUUUGGGCCUUUGUGUUCGGAUGUUUAUGCGUAGACUAGUUAUUAUUGUCAUAUGUUCUUGUUGCCAUUAUGUUGUUAAUAUAUUAUCCUUUUUUAAGACAAAAAAAAUAGGAAAUAACCUUGUUCCAUAAUCUAAAAAGAUUAUAUUUCAUUUGUUUUAGCUGCAUUAAAACACAAUUAGAAAAAGAGAGUGAGCCUCGUUGUAGGCCAGUGAGGUCUACACUAAUUGUUAGGGGUAAAGAAAAGGACAAAUGUUUAAUUUCUGCACAGAUUUUACAAGAUUGUCCGUGAUUUGGUGUUUUCCAGAGGGUUCAUUAUCACAAACUCUUAUUUUCCCGUGGCCUCUCAGGCCAGGAGAGGCUUGCUAUUCAUGUCAGCAUACUAUUGAGUUGAUAAGAUGGAUCGUGUGGUCUCCUCCCUGAUUCUGUCUCCGUCUUUUUUCUGCGUCCUCUCAGGCCAGAAGCUGCAGGGCUCUCUGGAAACCUGCCAUGACAUUUGGCUGCCAGCGCUCCGUCAGAAGGUCAAAGGUGCACAUUUAAUGGAAAUGCAGAAAACCAGUGUGACCCAAAACACCCAAAAACACCACGACUUCUUCUUCAACGAGUCUUUGGUGGAGGAUGUCAGCGGGUUUGGGUGCGCAGCCGCACACCAACAAUUGGCGCAAGUGGAGACGUUUGAGCGCACGUUUCCCAGGAGGUCAAAACAGCAAAACCCCAAGUUUCCUGUGAGCAAAAAGAUUUUCCCCUGGAUGAAAGAGUCCAGACACUCAAAUCAGAAACCCGGCAUGAGAAUCGCAGACUGCACCGUCAACGAGAAGUGUCCAAGCGCGACCCCGCCGGCCUCCAAGAGGACGCGCACCGCGUACACGAGCGCGCAACUGGUGGAGCUGGAGAAGGAGUUCCACUUCAGCCGCUACCUGUGCAAGCCGCGGCGGGUGGAGAUGGCCAGCCUGCUCAACCUCCACGAGAGGCAGAUCAAGAUUUGGUUUCAGAACCGGAGGAUGAAGCAGAAGAAGGACGAGAGAGAGCAGGGCCUCGCCACCCCCCCGUCCUCCCCCUCCGCCCCGGGCAGCCCCACUCUGUCGAGCCUGGGUUAUGUCCAUCUGGGCGGGGAUUACCAGCCGGCCUCCCCUCUGCUCAAGUCCCAACAACACCACCAGUCCCAGGCAGCGUACCCGGCAGAAUACUCCAAAUAUCCAGCUCCAGGCUUCACGCACGAGCCGCAGUUUAAUGUGCAGUACGACACGCACACCACACCACGCACAACAGACCCAAAUGUGCAUCUUAACGGGUCAUUAUUCUCACAAAGCUGCACUCAGGACAGAAUCAUGCAAGCUCCAAAACUGACUCAUCUGUAGCAGAAACAUGUGAUCUCCUCGACUCUCCAACAAAACAACCAUUCAUUUAAUUUAUAGAAGCUCUGUCUUGAUGCAUGUAGCUAUGUUAUGAUUUAUUUAUUGGACUAAUGAAUCUAAAUAUUAGUCUCAAAUUUGUAUUUUUACACAUGUAUUUAUUUUAUAUCAACUAUUGUGUUAACUUUCACGCAUGGGCCUCUUUUAAAUAGUUUCCGGAGACAUGCAGCCCUGUGUAUCUUAGGUUGAAAUGUUCCUGCUGUUAUUUCAGCUACAUACAUAAACACAAUUUUCUGAGAUUUCCCCCACCAGACUCUCCACAGUAAAUACUCCUCUACAAAAGGACGACUGUAAUGCAACCAAAACGUUGAAAUAAAUGGCAACUUUCCUUGUUUUUGGUUAAAGCUUAAUUAGCACUUGACACACAUCACAUUAACUCUUACUUAAUUACAGGGGAUGAGUGUGGAUGUGAGAGGGGUUUUUUUUUGUGUGCGAAAGAUAUUACAUUAUAGUCUUGAUGUUAAAAAGAAGGCAGGAGAAAAAAAAAAGUCUAUACGGUUCGCAAAUGUGUCUUUUGUUCUUAUAUGGGCAAAGUGGGCCACACAAGCUGUCAAUCUGUUAAAAAGAGCGCAUGAUGGAUCACUGAAUUCACUGCGCUGCUUUUGAGUCUGUCUGCAGGAUUCAUGUCGACGAGAGGCCGA